AUGAGGAGCAAGAAAGGAGAGGGAGGGGGGCAGGAGGGAGGGGAAAGCCACAACCAGAGCCAAAAGGAGGAAAGCGGGGGGGCGAAAACACAGGGCGGGGGGGAACGGGGCGGGAAAAGGGGACAAGGGGGAGAGGCGGCGACCGCGAGGCCGGGAGAGGGGGACGAGGCCAGUGGCGGAGACGGAGGGCGGGCAGGGGCGGGGAAGGGAACCCAAGUGAAGGGAAAAGGGAAGGACAAGGAGGGAACGCGAAAAGGACGCAGCGGCCCCGCGGAGCGGGGCGGCGGGCAACCAGGGGCGAGGCGCAAACGCGGGCCCACGCGGGCGGGGGACCGGCGGGGGAGGGGAAGCAGGGGGGCGGAAGGCCGGGGCGCGGAGGCCAGGGGAGGGCGGGAGGGCAGGGAAGGGGAAGGGGCAGGAGGGAGAAGCACAAAAGCGCGGGGCGGAGAGGGGGGAGGAGAGGGGGCCGGGACGGACGGGGAACCGGGCGGGGAGCCAAGGGAGAGGAGCGGCGGCAGCAAAGGCCAAAAAAAAAAAAAAAAGGGGGAAAAGCGGGCACCGGCACGACGGAAAGCACCCCGGGGAGCCGGGCGGCGGCCCACACCAAAGCGGGCCAACGGGCGGGCGCCCACGGCGGCGCCCGCGCAGCCCGAGGCCGCGCCGAGGCCGGCCCGCCGGGGGCCGCGCCGCCCCGCCGGCCCGGCCGCCGGCGGGUUUGCCAGAGAUAUUUCUGGCAAGAGCUUCACUGAGAUUAACCAUUGUUUGCCAGGCUUUGAAUGCCAUGGGAUAAUGCUGAUUUUGUAA